UGCGGUUUACACAUCGCUGCAGCCGCGCCUUUUCCUGUCACAGUGGACGGUUGUGCGUAAGGACGGCGGGUCAGCUGACAGCUAUCAGAGGACCGGGAGGAAGGAGCGGAAUUAGCGGCUGUGCGAGUGUGUGAACUGGGAACCUGCUGGAUCCACAAGCUUACAUCUGAGGCUGACGCGGGGAGCGAGAGUCUGGUGGCGUCCGUGAGAGAACUAGGGCGGGGUUUGGUUUCACCAUGGCCGGUUGGGUCUGAGAAGCAGCCACAAUGAUUGGAGGACUGUUCAUCUACAACCACAAGGGGGAGGUCCUCAUCUCCCGGGUCUACCGAGAUGACAUAGGGCGUAACGCAGUAGAUGCGUUCCGCGUGAACGUGAUCCACGCGCGGCAGCAGGUUCGAUCCCCAGUGACUAACAUUGCCCGCACCAGCUUCUUCCAUGUCAAGCGCUCCAACAUCUGGUUGGCGGCAGUCACCAAGCAGAAUGUCAACGCCGCCAUGGUGUUCGAGUUCCUUUACAAGAUGUGCGACGUCAUGACGGCCUACUUCGGCAAGAUCAGCGAGGAGAACAUCAAGAACAACUUUGUGCUCAUCUACGAGCUGCUAGAUGAGAUCCUGGACUUUGGCUAUCCCCAGAACUCAGAGACCGGAGCUCUGAAGACCUUCAUCACCCAGCAGGGUAUUAAGGGACAGCACCAGACAAAAGAGGAGCAGUCCCAGAUCACCAGCCAGGUGACGGGACAGAUCGGCUGGCGUCGUGAGGGCAUCAAAUAUCGCCGCAAUGAACUCUUCCUGGAUGUACUGGAGAGCGUCAACCUGCUCAUGUCACCACAAGGCCAAGUCCUGAGCGCCCACGUGUCGGGCCGAGUAGUGAUGAAGAGCUACCUGAGCGGAAUGCCCGAGUGCAAAUUUGGCAUGAACGACAAGAUUGUCAUCGACAAGCAGGGCAAGGGAGGAGCGUCUGACGAUGCUGGGAAGAGUGAUUUAGGGGGAGGAAGUGGGAAACAGUCGAUAGCCAUUGAUGACUGCACCUUCCACCAGUGUGUGCGCCUCAGUAAGUUCGACUCGGAGCGUAGCAUCAGCUUCAUCCCCCCUGAUGGAGAGUAUGAGCUCAUGAGGUAUCGCACCACUAAGGACAUCAUCCUGCCAUUCCGGGUUAUUCCUCUUGUCAGGGAGGUCGGCCGCACUAAACUGGAGGUAAAGGUGGUCAUCAAGUCCAACUUCAAACCAUCGUUGCUGGCCCAGAAGAUCGAGGUGCGCAUCCCAACGCCCCUCAACACCAGCGGAGUGCAGGUGAUUUGUAUGAAGGGAAAAGCCAAGUACAAGGCCAGCGAGAACGCCAUCGUAUGGAAGAUCAAACGCAUGGCUGGGAUGAAGGAGUCUCAGAUCAGUGCUGAGAUUGAGCUGCUGCCGACCAACGACAAGAAGAAAUGGGCCAGGCCUCCCAUCUCUAUGAACUUUGAGGUCCCUUUCGCUCCCUCUGGUCUGAAGGUGCGCUACUUGAAGGUGUUUGAGUCCAAGCUCAACUACAGUGACCACGAUGUCAUCAAAUGGGUGCGGUACAUCGGCCGCUCCGGCAUCUACGAAACACGCUGCUAAAGUUAACCCCCGCCAGGCAGCGACCUGACCACUUUUCCUCCCAUCUAUCCCGUUACGAUUUUUUUCUUCUUCCCCCGUUCCUUCUGUCUCUCCUCCCCUCAAUCCUUAUAGCUUCUCUCAUACUACAUCCCCCCCCUCCCCCUCCUCCCUCCUACCACCACCCUCACCCCUUCCUAAUUAGGUGUUGGAGAUUGAAUUUACAUCGUUAAAAAAAAAAGUAAAUAUGGUAUAAUGCACAGAUAUAUGCAAAAAUGUGAACCAUUGUAUCGUAUAUAUCUCGUAGUGAUGAGUAAACCUGUAAACCAACUGGUGUCCAAAAAGAAAGAGACGAGCGAUGCAGGGGGGGACCGGGGGGGAGAGGACCAGGCGGAGACACCUUUUGUGUCUUUAAGGGGUGCUCUGUUGUGUUUAUUCAGUGUUAUUGUUCUGCUAUCGAUUCUCCAGUUACUUUAGAAGUCCCAUAUGUCCUAAAAAUUAUCCCCAGUAAGAUGAUUUGUAGCUGAUGAAUCUUGAUAUAGUUCUUUGUAUAUGAACCUCCGUCUCAGUAGAGUUUACCCUUCAAAUUGUCUGAUUCUGUAUUGUGGGCUGAUUGAUAUUUGAUCUGUGUUUUCAGGAAUGGUCAUUUGGAUAUCAAAUACUUUCUGUUUGUCACUCAGCAGGAUGAGAAAGUAAAAUUACUUUCAAAGAGAAUAGAAUUACUAGACAAUGACUGAGCUGUUUUUGUACUGUUUCUUUCCCCCUGCUGCUUUUCCAUGACUUAUUUCUACCAGCAUUCAGUGAUGAUGGUCAAAAUUAAACAUCGGAGAGCAUUCCAGACAGUCUUGAGGUUUGACCAUCAUCCUGAUAAGCUAGUGGUGAUCUUUUUUUUUUUUUUUUUUUUUUAACAUUUCCUGAAAGUGUCUGAAGUGCUAAGAUCAACUUUUAUCACACUGUCUUUCAGUGUAGCAUUUACUUUAAUACAAAGACACUUUUGGGAUAUCAGGCCCUGGGAAAUGUGUGUUUGCGGUGAGGUGAGGUGAAGUGAGGUCUCCCCCUGGUGUUCGCUUUGUCACUGUCUGCUUCUUCAUGUUUGUAGCCCUGGUGACCGUUCUGUCCAAUAAAAUCUGACUAUGUAACCAAA